ACAUUGUUCGAUAUGGCACAACGUGCCUGUAUCAGGAAUGUCAUGGACAUGUACGACGUCGGCGAAUUGCGGUACGAGACAAUCAGACCCGUCCUCAAGAACGUCACCAAUCCAGCACAACUACGCCAAAUCGAAGAAGCUUCACCUCACAUCGCCGAAGACGACGCCGAACUCUGGCAAGCAUUCAUCAGAAGAGAUAUUUCAAAAGCCGAAUCUAAGCUUCAAGUAACACGGCCAAAGAACCCUUCUUCGUGGUGGAAAGUCUAUCGCAAACUCAAGAGAGAGGAUGAAGCAGAAACACGGGAGGCUGAAGACAGGCUGAAAGCUGCGCUGAACCGACACAAGGUCGACAAGGGAGCUAAGCAGACCAACAUCGUACAUGCCGUCAUACCCUCCGGCGAGAGACGUUCUGGCUGGAGUUCAGGGCCGCGCGAAAAACCAUUUGGCGAACAGGCUUUGAAGAAUGCGAAGACGGCGGCACAGAAGAUCACAGUCCUCAAACGUCAAGCUUUGCAAAGACAAGCAGGUCGCAGUGUCGCUCAGUCUGUCCCUAUGCAUCAACUUUCCCAACUCAGAGGCAAGGUCACCGAAGCUCCCGCCCAUAUGAUUCGA